CGGGCAAUUGGAAACAAACCGGGGCAUCUCUGGGAGACAGGAAGAAACUGCUGACUAAUCAACGUGUUUUCACAGCAGGAUGUCCGUCUCGGUGAUCAUUAAAUGGGGUGGCCAGGAGUACUCCAUCAGCACGUUGUCCGAAGAGGACACCGUGUUGGACCUCAAGCAAUCCAUCAAGUCUCUGACGGGCGUCCUCCCGGAACGACAGAAGCUGCUGGGCUUGAAAGUCAAAGGAAAACCAGCGGAGGAUGACAUUAAGCUGGGCACCUUGAAGCUGAAGCCGAACACCAAAAUCAUGAUGAUGGGAAGCAGGGAGGAGAGCCUGGAAGACGUUUUGGCCCCUCCCCCUGAGAAUGACGAUGUCAUCAAUGACUUUGACAUUGAGGAAGAGGUCAUAGAGGUAGAGAACAGGGAGGAGAACUUGGCGAAGAUCGCCCGCCGGGUUAAAGAGUACAAAGUGGAAGAGCUAAACCCUCCAAGGGAGGGGAAGAGGCUGCUGGUCCUGGAUGUGGAUUACACUUUGUUCGACCACAAGUCCUGUGCUGAGACGGGGCAGGAGCUGAUGAGGCCCUUUCUGCACGAGUUCCUGACAGCUGCCUACGAGGACUACGACAUCGUCAUCUGGUCUGCGACCAGCAUGAAGUGGAUUGAUGCUAAAAUGAAAGAGCUGGGAGUGACUGACAACCCCAACUACAAGAUCACCUUCAUGCUGGACAGCGCGGCCAUGAUCACGGUGCACACCCCCAAGAGGGGCGUAGUGGAGGUGAAGCCGCUGGGAGUCAUAUGGGGCAAGUACGGCGAGUUCUACAACAAAAAGAACACAAUCAUGUUCGACGACAUCGGCAGAAACUUCCUCAUGAACCCCCAAAAUGGCCUGAAGAUCCGCCCCUUCAUGAAAGCACACCUAAACCGCGAAAAGGACAAGGAGCUCUUCAAACUGUCCCAGUACCUGAAAGAGAUCGCCAAACUGGACGACUUUUCAGGACUCAACCACAAACACUGGGAAAGGUACCUCUCCAAGAAACAGAGCCAGUAGUGCGCCCCCCUGCUGGGCGCGUGUGUGCGUGUGCGGAUCCUCCCUCAUGACGGGGCAGUGCUGGACACUCGAGCCCAUGCCAGAGGCCUGCUGCUGGCCAACGCCCCCCGUCUGUGUUGUUUUUCUUUCAUUCAGUGUUCCAUUUUUACACGGUCGAGGCCCAAACUCUCCCUCCGGGCUCCAACGCACGCACGCACACUCAGCAGUCACAGCACAUCAGUGACUGACACGCAUCGGCUCGCCUGCCGGGACCUGGCCUCUCUGGUCCUAACCCAAGCACCCCCCCCCCCCACUCAGUUUACAUCCGUUGCCCCAACAGCAGGGGCAUGGAGGCCCAUGAUCAAGUGUGAUGACCACACCAUUUCGGUGCACAUGAGACCGUCUGAAUUGCUGUACGCAUUCAGUCAAAGCUGUGAGGGAGACUUGGCAUGUUUUUGCCUCCUCACUGUACCUCUUGUGUUCCUUGUCUUGUCUUUAUUUUAUUUUUUUUUUCUCCCCCUUUCCUACCUUUCCUCGAAGCAAAGCUGAUUCGGCUGUCUCGGGCUCUCACAGAGAGGAAAUGGUGAGUUUGGUGCACUGUAGUUUGCUGUAAAUAGCUUUUUUUUUUUUUAAGUUAGUUGCCGGUGGUAUUGUUCUGGGAUAGGUUGGGGUGACUGGGAUCCCCCCCCCCCCCCGUAUGGGGCUUGCAGGAAACCUUCCAGAGAGUUUGGGCAGCCUCAUUGUCGUUGAAGCAUGUGGACCUCGGCUGUGUUCAAACCAAAUACCUUUUGCUGUUGUAUUUUUUUGUCCC